AGGCUGCGAGGAGCGCGAUGGAGAUCGACCCCGGCUCCCACCAGGAAUGCCAGGAGUCAACGUGCAUCUUUGCUGCCCACUACGGGCCAGAGAUGGAGGUGCCUGCAAGAUCCUGCCAGUCCGGCAAGAGGAAGGAAAAGAGGAGAUGCUUGCAGCCAGCACAGGAGUCUCCUGCAGAAAUGGCCUCUCGUCUUGGCGACCUGGUCCUUGCAGCUGAGUGGAUGAAAGAUACCGGCAAAUUUCCCCAUCACCUGCAGAGCCCUGAGCUGGCACUGCACGACCACGACGCGUACUGCCUACCUGAGGAAGCAGAAGCGCUGAAGAGGCUUGUCAAGGAAUUAAGGGCCACGGUGCACCGCCAAAGUGAGCUCUUCUUCCACCUGCAGGGAGCGGUUGAAGCCAGCCACAAAGAAAGUUGGGAACUGCAGGAGAAAGCAGAUGAGAACUGGACCCUCCUCUCCAACCUUGGAGAACGUGCCUCACAGCUCGAGGCAGAGAACCGGAACCUGCGCUGCGAGCUGGACCAGCUGGAGUCCGCCAAGCGCCGCUUACGCGUGGAGCGGGACGCCAGCGCCGCCACCGUCCUCUCAUUGAGCAGGCAGCUGAGGGGACGGCAUGAGGCCCAAGCCCAGCAUGGGGCUUUCUCCCUCGAGAGUGUCAAAAGCCACAGCAAGUGGCUGAGGUUCUACACGGGCUUUGACGAGUACCCCCGCCUCGCGGCGUUUCUGGACUUCCUUCUUGAUGGCAAGAGGGGCCUGGAGAGUGGCCCCCACAGCGCACUCAGCCCCGAGAACCAGCUCUUCUUGGUGCUCGUCCGCUUGCGCCUGGGACUGCUUCUUCAAGAUGUGGCCUUCCGGUUCCACAUCUCCGAAUCCACUGCCUCCCGCUACUGGCUCAGCUGGACAGAGAUCAUGGAGCGGAGGCUGAGGCAGAUUCCAGUCUCCUGCAGCCAGCGCUACGUAGAUGCGUUCACGCCACAGCGGCUCCUCAGGCAUCAUGACGUGUCACUGGUGGCUCUGGAUUGUGUAGAGCUGUUUUUUGAAGCCCAGGGACGGACCCGAGGCAAAGGAGAUGCCCCCCAGGCUCCUAGAGCCCGCUACUCCAUUCACGGCUAUGCUCUGGCUGCUCCCAGCGGCUUCCUAACCUUUGGCGCAGGCACCAGUGAGGAGCCGCCCACGUUGCCUCCGUUCCUGCAGGCAGGGCCUGUGCAGCUGACGGCCCAGCAGGAGGCUGCCAAGAGACGAGUGCUGAGCUUCCGCAGCCUGGCCGACAAGGCUUUCAGCUUCCGCUUCCUGCGGGUCGUCCAUCCCCAGAACAUGGAAGGCCAAGUCUGCAGGGCAUGGACCAUUUCCUGCUACCUGGCUUGCCUGCUGCAUGAACCCAUGGGGCUAGUCUAGGGCAAGGAGCCCUGCAUUCCCGAUGGGUUGUGCUUAAAUCCGACUGUACCUUCAUCAAAUGCUGCUAGCACUGGCCCUGCUCCAGCGCAAUUUUAUCACUGAAACCUAUUUGGUGGGUUGGAAUCCCCGCUCUGAAACCAAUACACCUUUAGAGCUCU